AUGUUUGAAAAUGUGGUAGGAAGAAUAAUAAUUAUACUAUUUUUUUAUAACACUCCCAUAGUGGUCUCUGAAAUUCCAAGUUAUCGAGAUGUAACAAUAAGUCAAGGUGUGGUCCGAGGAUAUAGACAGCCAGAAGAAAAUAUUUUCACCUUUGAAAAUAUUCCAUACGCUACUGUACCAACAGGAUAUAAAUUUUAUUCGGCACCGUUACCACCACCAACGUGGAAUGGAACUUUUGAAGCAAUCGAUAAGAAAACAAUUUGCCAACAACCUCGUCGAGAAAAUACUAUAGAUUCUAAUAUACAAGUACAAUGUCUCAUAGUGAAUAUAUUUGUACCCCAUGGGGAAAUCAAAAACUUACCCGUAGUUGUUUUUGUACAUGGAGGAGCCUUUUUAUACGGGUUUGGUAAUUCACGAACUCCGAAGAAUCUAGUCAAAAGUGGAAAAGUUAUAGCAGUGACGUUUAAUUAUCGACUUGGGCCCCACGGAUUUUUAUGCCUUGGUACAAAAGCAGCUCCAGGAAAUGCUGGACUUAAAGAUCAAAUAGCACUAUUACGAUGGAUACAAAAUAACAUCGAAAAAUUUGGAGGAAAUCCAAAUGAUGUAACGAUUUCUGGAUGUAGUGCUGGUUCAGUCUCAGUAGAUGUUUUAGCUGUUUCUAAGAUGGCAGAAGGACUAUUUCAUAAAGUGAUAGCAGGAAGUAGUUCUAAUGUUAAUGCUUUUAGUGUGCAAACAGAUCCAUUAAAGAAUGCUCAACUAUUUGCUCAACUACUCGGUUUCCAUAACAUUAACGACUUAGAAGCUUUGGAAAAUUUUUAUUUAGAGACACCCUACGAAGUUUUGGCGAAUGGUACAGUCCUAUUAUAUUCAAGAACUGAUUCAGUGGUAUUAUUUUCACCAUGCAUCGAAAAAGAUGUCGGACAAGAAAUGAGCUUAGAUGAAAGUCCUGUGAAAAUACUGGAGAGUAAAAAUUAUACAAAACUACCUAUGCUCUACGGAUUUUGCGAAAUGGAAGGACUUUUUCGAAUAAAUCGUUUUGAUGAAUGGAAAACACAGAUGAAUGAAAAUUUCCUUGAUUUUCUACCACCCGACUUGGGUACAAGUUUAAAAAAAAGGAAAACACUAGCCAAUGAUAUCAAAGAGUUCUAUUUUGGUAAAGAGCCUGUUUCUGAUAGUAAUGUUUCUAAAUACAUAGAUUUCUUUACAGACAUAAUGUUUGGGUACGGAAUGCUUCGAUCUGCAAGACUUCAAUUAGAGGCUGGAAAUAAUCAGUUAUAUCUUUACGAGUAUUCAUUUGUUCACGAGAAUGACCCAUUUAUUCUGAACACCACGAAUAAAGGUGCUACACAUUGUGCUCAGAACACUGCUGUUUUAGAUGACCCUAAUGAAAAAACGCUAUCGGAUGAAUUUAAGAAGAUGAAGGCGGUUAUGCGAGAGCUGUGGUUAAAUUUUAUUACAACUGGUGCUCCUGUUCCACAAGGAUCGAGUUACCCUGCCUGGCCAACAAUGUCUCUUGAUAGGUCUUUUAUGUCGUUGAAUAGUACUUUAGAGUACCGAGAUGCUCUUAAUCCAGAGAGUGUACAUUUCUGGGAUAAUAUUUUUAAGCAUCAUUACAUAUAUCCCAAACCACCAGAUCAUUCAACUAGAUCUGAAUUUGAAUUAUCCAGACCUCUGUAA